CAAUCAAACUCUACCUCAACACAGUGUGUUGUGAUCACAUAUUGAAUGCAAUAAAAUAAAUUUUUUCCGCUUCUUUGUUUGUUGAUGUGUGUAACGAGCGCCGUGUUGGUUCAUUUUUUUAUUCAAAUGUCAUAUACGUACAUCGUACAUACAAAUACACCGCCACCGUAUCAAUAUAGGCAUUUUUUUCAUAACUUUUCAAGCGUGCGAAGCUAUUUUACACUUUAAUAUCAUUUAGUUUGUGAGAGGCACCGACAGUCUUCACACUGCAGUAUAACGUAUCGGUCGCGUAUUUGAAAUGCAAGUGUAAUAAAGGAGAAGAUUUUCGAGAUUUUUGUUCGAAGUUCUUUUUUUUUGUUACGCUACGACGUUAGCAUUUGCAUCAUAAUCGGCAUUGAAUAGACUUCUUCUGUUUUUUUUUUCGUUUUCGAAGUGACUCACAAUUUUGGCGGAUUGAACGGGAUUGUACGGGUAUGGUAUUUUCCGCGUAAUGAAAUUGAGAGUGAAUCGAUUCGGAACAUUGAAUGAUUGAAUCAUAGACCUCGACGACAUUAAAUAAAUUACAAUAAAAUAUCAAUCAGAUUACACCAUUCAGCGGCAAAUGCGGGUACUUUGAAACAGCACUCAUUGAAAGUGAAUCAAGAAAGAAAGAAAAAACACAUCGUUGGUAUUGUGUUGCCAAUUUUGGUAUUUUGUGUGUUUGAGUGCGCGCAGAGAUUAUGCAAAAAGGAAAUUCCAUAAAUUCCCAUAAAUAGAUUGUAUUGUUUAUCUCUUUGUGUGCUGGAGCUGAAGUAAUUUUGUCGGCAAAGUGACUUUUUCUUUCUUCCUCUUCGGUAUCAGUUGAAUGCGCGCGCGUUGCAACUAUUGUUUACAUACAUUGUAACCAUAAUCAAUUCGGUAACCGAAAUUUUUUCUGCUUCAAUCGUGAAUUGUUAAUGCUCAGCUGCAUCUUUUCUCAGCCAACGAAUGAUUUACCAACCACUUCAAGUGAACAGAAACUUACGAUAAAUAAUUUAAAAUAAAAAAAGAGAGAAGCAGGCGCACCAAGUGACUUUGAAAUUGCAUAUUCGGUGUGUUCAUAUUAUUGCUGUGCAUUUUGCAAUUCGUAGCGCAUGCAGUACCCAUAUGCAACAGUGCACGACACGAAUGAAAAAAAAACAAUAACAACAUCAACGAUUUGGAAUCUGGAAAAACGCGUGAACGAAAAAUUUAAAAAAAAACACACAGACACGGAGUAACGUGCACCAACCAAAUAGUAACAGAGCAACAAGUGUUUAAAUCAAACAAAAAUGGAGACUACCACAGAAAGUGAAGUAAAUGAAAUGAAUGGAGUCGCUGAUGCAGUGACAGCCAAAUCAAAUGAAACCCCUGAAAAGAUGGAUAAAAUGAUGGAAAAUAUGAAUAAAGCGGUUCAGAUGGAAAAAACAAAUAGCUUGGAUGACAUUAAACCAUCAAAACCAAUCAAAUCAGCCGUACGCGAAGUGACAAUAAAUGCUGAAGAGCCCGGCACAUCCACAUCAUCAUCGUCCACAUCAUCGGCAAUAUCGCAUAGUCAAGAGCUAGCUGCACGUCGUCGUCAAUUCAUGUCACAACCAUCAACGGUUGCAACGAGACGACAACAAGCCGUCUGUGUACGACGCGCACACAAAACCUACGGACCAAAAAACAAUCCAAACAUCAUUUUGGAUGGAUUAAACAUGACUGUGCCAAAAGGAUCAAUUUAUGGAUUACUAGGAGCUUCGGGAUGUGGUAAAACCACACUUUUAUCAUGUAUAGUUGGACGCAGACGAUUAAAUUCGGGUGAAAUUUGGGUCUUGGGCGGUACGCCAGGCAGUCGAGGUUCGGGCGUGCCGGGACCACGAAUUGGAUACAUGCCACAAGAAUUGGCUUUAUAUGGAGAAUUCACAUUACGCGAAACACUGCUCUACUUUGGAUGGAUUGCCGGCAUGACAACAUCCGAAUGUGAUGAGAAAAUUGAUUUUCUUAUUCGAUUGUUGCAACUACCAAAUGUGACACGUUUUGUUAAGAAUUUGAGCGGUGGCCAACAACGGCGAAUGAGCUUGGCUGCGGCACUUUUACAUGAACCGGAAUUAUUGAUUUUGGAUGAGCCAACGGUUGGUGUUGAUCCAAUCAUUCGGCAAAGCAUUUGGGAUCAUUUAGUGGAAAUUACGAAUACGAUGAAAAAAACGGUCAUCAUUACGACACAUUAUAUCGAGGAAACGCGUCAAGCCCACGUUAUUGGUUUAAUGCGAGGCGGUAAAUUCUUAGCGGAAGAAUCUCCGGAUACUCUUCAAAUGAAGUACCAAUGUGAAUCAUUAGAAGAGGUGUUCUUAAAGCUUGCCAUUAUACAAAAUAAGGGAAAACGUCGUCGUUCGUCAAUUGCACAGGAAAUAUCCGAUCAAGUAUCGAUGCCAUCGGCAAUGACCAAUCCUGGUUUAGACAUAUCUGAAGAGGAUCCGAAUGAAAUUUCCGGUGAAUUUGGUGAUCAUUCCACAUCGAUAAUGCCGUUACCGAAACAUGUAACCGAUACAACAUCACCGUUACCUCCAUCGGAAGAGCAACCGGCCACACUCAUCGACUAUGUCAAAGUGUUUAAGCCGCAUCACAUGAAAGCGUUAAUUUGGAAAAAUUUCCUAUGGAUGUGGCGAAAUGUUGGUGUGAUGGCGUUCAUUAUCGGUUUACCGUGUUUACAAAUUAUCCUUUUCUGUUUGGCUAUCGGUCAUGAUCCAAAAGAAUUGAAAUUGGCCGUUGCAAAUCAUGAAUUGAAUUCAACCGGGAUGGAUGACUGUCCAGUAUACGAAGGUUGCAAUUAUACGUUACUCAGUUGUCGUUACUUGAAUAUUCUAACACAAAAAGAUAUGGUCAUUCAAUUCUAUGAUUCGGAUGAAGUUGCCUACAAUGAAGUUAAACGUGGUCGCGCAUGGGCUGCAUUGGUUUUCCAAAGUAAUUACUCUGACUCACUGGUUGAACGAACUGAAGCGGGCCGAUAUGCUGAAGAUUAUACGAUUGAAGCGUCUGACGUCACAAUCCGUAUGGACAUGUCAAAUCAACAAAUUGGACAAUUGCUGUUCCGUGAUCUUCAAUUUGGAUUUUUCAGUUUUAUCAAUCAAGUGAUGAAAGAUUGUGAUUUGAAUCCAGCGCUCGGACAAAUUCCCGUUCGUUUUAACACGCCAAUUUAUGGAACGCAAACGCCAAAUUUCACCGAUUUCGCUGCACCUGGUGUUAUAUUGACUAUAAUUUUCUUUUUAUCGGUUGCAUUAACCUCCGGCGCUAUGUUAAUUGAACGGAACGAAGGCAUGUUAGAACGUUGCCUGGUAUCCGGAAUAACCGGGAUCGAAAUGCUGUUCUCGCAUGUUGCCACACAAUUCGUCAUAAUGUGCGGUCAAACGACAUUCGUACUUAUUUUCAGCUUUUCUAUUUUUGGACUAACACUACAAGGUGACAUUUUAUGGGUGAUCUUAUUGACCAUACUGACUGGACUGUGCGGCAUGUGUUUCGGUUUUGUUGUAUCAUCGGCGUGUGACAAUGAACGUACAGCGACAUACAUGGCGAUGGGAAGUUUCUUGCCGAUUGUCAUGCUGUGCGGCAUUAUUUGGCCAAUUGAAGGAAUGUAUCCAGGUUUGAAGUACAUUGCAUGGUUCUUGCCAUUGACACAAUCAACGGAAAGUUUGCGAUCAAUUACUCAACGUGGUUGGCUAAUCAGCGAGACAGCCGUUUAUACGGGCUUCAUUUCGACCGGCAUUUGGGUGUUGGUCUUCUUAACAAUAAGCAUCCUAUUGUUGAAAUUUAAGAAAGGUUAACCACGUACCUAGCACUCUCUAUGUAUUUGAGUCAUUUCGUUUAUGUUUAUAUUUUAUUGUCUUUUUCAUGUAAAAUUUAGUUAAUUUUUUUUUUGUGUUGUUUUAAGCAUUUUAGCGGUAAUAUUCGUAAUUCUUUUCUUGGAUAAGUUGUACAUGAAUGUUCUUUUUCUAAUAAUUAUUUAAUCCAAGCUUAGCGAAAAGUGUGAAUGAUAUUGUUAUUUAAAAAACAAAACAAAAAUAAAUAAAUAUAAAUUGGUGUCGAUGUCAUGGAAAUUGACGAAUUGUUGCA